AUGGCUUUGACACAGAGCUCAAAAUCUAUAAUCCCACCGAAAAUGCACGACCCUGGGAGUUUCACUAUACCUUGCUCCAUUGGAGGAUUAUACAUUGGGCAAGCGCUAUGCAAUCUUAGAACCAACAUUAACUUAAUGACUUUGUCAAUUUUCAAGCAACUGAAUGUGGGGCAACUUGCGCCCAUGACAAUGACUCUUCAAUUAGCGGAUAGAUCUCUAGUGCAUCCAGAUGGGAAGGUGAAGGACGUGCUGGUUACAAUCGACAAAUUUAUAUUGCCAACAAACUUCAUCAUCUUGGACUACAAAGCAAACAAAGAUAUGCCCAUCAUCCUGGGGCAACCAUUUCUAUCAACCUGUCAUGCCCAGAUUGAUGUGCACAAAUGA